AUGACGUACACACAUGUCAGAUUAAAACGCCUGGCGACCUCAGACUACGCCUGCAUUGCCUGCCUGGGCGUAGUUUUCGUGAUAACAGUUAUAGUGGCGUUCUAUAUCGUUUUCAAGAGUCCGUGCGAUACGAGGUUGAAGACUGAUAGACCAGGGCGGAGAAUAUUUAGAGGCAUCAAUCUGGGCGAUGUAGGGCUCAAGGCGGACGAAGACAGAAAUGACUGGGACGACUCAAAGCUGGGAGGUGACGGCGUCAUGUCCGGAUUGCCAAGCACAGAUUUUGACGACACGGGCGCAAAGGGUUUUAAUCUCGGAGGCGACAACCAGUUCAGCGAACUCUCUAGAAUUAUCGAUAUGAACAAGUUGAACUAUGACAAGAGCAGUCAGAGGCUUAAAAAUUUUUACACAAAACUAUUGCGAACUGAUGAUCAAAUAAAAAAUCUAAGAAAAGGAUUAGGUGAUUCUACAAUGAUGAAAUACACAGAUAAAAUAAAACGGUCAUUGAAUCAUCGUGAUAUUAAUCUGAACGAAGUUAACAAUGAUGUUAAGCAUAAAAAACGGAACGGGAAAACGAAAAGAACUAAACGGCAUGAUAAUUACACGUUGCCGGCGAGUUAUGUUAUUGAAAACGAAAAGAUCAUGAUACAUUAUCCCGAUAACGUCAGAAAGAAAGUUCCAAAAUGCUCACACACGCCCAAAGAAUCCAAAUCGCAUUCGCACGAAACAGAUUUGAAACAUCCAUUUUAUAAACACACGCAGAGAUUGGACGAACUGUUGGACAAAUUUAUCGAUAAAAAUCUACCGCAGCUGUUGUCUGAUCCGUUUGGUAUCGAUAUGUUCCAAAGUGAUGUUGAAACAACGACUAAUAGGGUUGAUUCCGCUGGCAAUAGAAAAGUUACUGAUGCUAAAAAUGUUGCUGUUAUAAACGAUCCAAUAAUAAGCUCACCAAGCGAUUUUUUCAAGAUUACGUCUCGAGGCAGUUCUGAUCCGGAUGUUAUUUUGGGUGUAACGACAGUCAUGAGCUCAUCGAAACACGUUAAAUCUCUGAUAGACAGAGUUCCAAACAUAAGGAAGUUAAUGCAGGCAUAUGAAGAGAGUGAUGAUAAUCUUGGUUAUGAUGAUUUGGAGGAAGUAUUAACUGAUGACGUUGAUAAUCAUGAUGAUCCUGAAGUUAAGAUUGAUAGGAACAAAAGAAGCAAUCCAGACAGGGAAUCACAUCCUGUGUUUGAAGGUGGUAAAAGUAAGCCGGUUGGCGUACCAAUACCGAAUUGGAAGGGACCUCUUCCACUUUAUCCAGAUGAAAUGAACACUAUGAUAAAACAGGAACAAUCUCAUAAACCGACUAAUACUAAAGAAGAGAAUUCACUAAUGAACCGUCCGAUAUCUAACGACAUCGAGUAUAUAGAAGACUAUCUGUCCAGUAAAUAUGAAAAAUUGGCAAAUAUGGCACAAGCGUACAGUGAUUACGGAGUUUUAGAUGAAAAGAAAGAAGCGAAAAAUGCUAAUCAGAAUCCUGAGAAGCUGAAUGUAGAACACAGAGUUAAAUUGUCUGUAGACAAUCCUACUAUGCAUUACAGCUUAGGUCGUGAUGUGACUGAAAUUAAAUUUAAAGCAGAUGGGCAGACUACUAAAAGAACUAGCGAUGAUAAUUUAGAUCUGGCUGGAAAUGUUUCUUUUAAACGUAGAUCUUUGAAAUCAAUAGAUAUGGAUAAAACUGAUUAUGAUACGACUGAUAAUGGAAUGGAUUUGAGUGACUUCUUCAGAAUGAUCUCAACAUGGUUCAGUUCUUUAGCAAGCACAUCUUUGGAUAAUUUUGAUGACCAGGCCGGGAAUAAAUCAAGAGUUCUGAUGUCAGUUGGCGAAUCUAAUAAUACUAGUGAAGACAACAAUAAUAAUGUUGCCGUACAUGACGGAAAUGAUAAUGAAAAAAAUGAUGCAGAUCAAAUAGCUAUGUCCAAUUCUACGGAUCCACCUGCUAACCUCAUGACAACAUCAAAAGACGCCAAUGUCAAAUCAUCGAAAGACGUAGAAUCCCAUGAAAAUAAAACGGUAGUGAAGAGGAGUCUCAGCGACAGUGGUUUAGUGUUCUGGAGUGACAUUUAUGAUGAUGAGUAUGGUGUCAAAGUGGAUCCUCUGGAGAAAGAGGUUGAUGAGAGAAGUCGCGAAGGCAGAGGUUUCAUGAAGAGAUCGAAAUACUGGCUCCAAGAUAAAAUUAGAAGCAUAGCGGACAACAUUAAGGACUUCAGAUACGUUGGAGGGAAGAAAGAUGCUGAUACUUACAACAGUUAUCCGAAAGUUUUCAAGAGGCAUGCAAAACUUGAUAAGGUUGACGUUGAUGAUACAAAUAAGGUGACGAAUUUUGCCGAGCUGAAGGUGAAGAUGAGAAGUGUUUGCAAGGAGGCGGCAAAGGCGGUGCAACAGACGAGGAAAAUGCAAGGUAUUUACGUAAAGGGUCAGGUCAAAAUGAGGGAGAGUCAGUCUGACAGUGCAGCUAACACCAUUAUGAUGCAACUGGUCAGAAUGAUGACAGACUUGGUGGACUUCCAGGUCAAGCAGAAGACUUGUAUCAAGCUACCACCUGACCUCCAGAACUUUCUGGAAUGGUUGACCACGCCCAGCCAGGGUCAGACUUCUCGCCAAUCUAGCGUGGACAAGGAUUUUCUGGACGAGACGAAUGUGUUAGGCAAAGUCAAAGAUUUGGACUCACCGCGUCCCAACGAUGAGAAAGCUGAAUAUCUGGAAUCCAUUCGGGCCGUUGAAGAUUUGUUGCACGAGUAUGAUCUGAUGAAUGAUGAAGAGAAGUUCUCAAACAUGUAUAGCAACCAGCCAUCGUUGAGAUUCAGACGCGAGAUCAAACCUCAGACAGCAUCUUACGUGAAAAGUAACAUCAAACGCAGAUUGAAGAGACGUCUGCGUAAAUUAAUGAGAAAUUUUAACAAAAAACACACGCGAAGCACAGCCGACGAUUCUCGAGUCACAGACAGCGUUAGAUAUAAUAAUGAUGGUAAUGUAAUUAAUAAUAAAAUUGAUAAAUUUGCCAAAAAGGAUGAUGGAAGUAAUGAAUUUAAAAUUAACAGUGAACCUAUGAAGAACAAUCAUGGAGUUUAUGAAGAUAGAAAUGCAGAUAAUAACAGAGAUUUGUUUGAUAAUAAUGAUGUUUUUGAUAAAGAAUUUAGUAAUAAUAAUGAUAAAGUUGAUGUUAAUAAUGAUAUGAUGAAAAGGAAUUUGCAAGAUGUCUAUUAUAGAGCGUUGAGUGAGGCUAAGAAAGUGACUACCGUUAAACCUAAUGGAGGUUAG